UCAUCCAAACCCCACUUUCACUACCAUUUUUUUCUUUCUUUUUUUUCUUCCAUUUCAUUAUAUAAGCAGAUAGCCCUUUUUGGUACUCUACUAUUUUUGAGUGUCAUCUUGGUUUUUGUGGGGUCUCAAAUAGUUUGUGUAGGAUUUUUGGAGCAUUCCCAAUUUGAUUACAAUUUCACCUGAUAUUGAAAAGUUGUUAUCCAGUGGCUUGAAGAUGUAUAUGGUGGAGAGCAAAGGAGGGGCUAUAGUUUGCAUGUUAUUGUCUUUGUUCUUCUUAGGGACAUGGCCAGCCUUACUAACUCUACUUGAAAGAAGAGGAAGAUUUCCUCAACACACUUAUCUUGAUUAUACUAUCACUAAUCUAUUGGCUGCUGUCAUUAUUGCUUUUACUUUUGGUGAAAUUGGGACAAGCUCAAUGGGAAAACCAAAUUUCCUUUCUCAACUCUCUCAGGAUAAUUGGCCCAGUGUCUUGUUUGCAAUGGCUGGAGGGGUGGUCCUCAGCAUUGGGAACCUUACAACUCAAUAUGCUUGGGCAUUUGUUGGUUUAUCAGUUACCGAGGUCGUCUCCUCAAGCAUUACUGUUGUUAUAGGAACAACUUUGAAUUACUACCUUGAUGACAAAAUUAACAAAGCGGAGAUUCUUUUUCCGGGGGUUGGUUGUUUCUUGAUUGCUGUUUGUUUAGGUUCUGCUGUUCAUGCAUCCAAUGCAGCUGAUAACAAAGCAAAGCUUGAUAGUUAUUCAAAUGAAUCUAAAGAUGGAAUUAGGGCUAAUAAUAUUAAUGACUCUAAACAAGCAUAUACAAAGAGAGUUGACGUAAAUGAUGUGGAGAAGGGAGUUGCUUCCACAGAGAAGGCAAAAUUUGGGACUGCGCUUUUCCUUAUAGAUCUUGAGAAAAGAAGAGCGAUCAAGAUAUUUGGGAAGAGCGCUAUCAUUGGUUUGGCUUUAACAUUCUUUGCUGGAGUUUGUUUUUCUCUCUUCUCUCCAGCAUUCAACCUUGCCACAAAUGAUCAGUGGCAUACUCUAAAAGAUGGAGUUCCACACUUGAGCGUCUACACAGCGUUCUUCUACUUCUCAGUUUCUUGCUUCAUCGUUGCCUUGAUUCUGAACCUCAUCUUCUUAUACCGUCCUGUUCUAAACGCACCCAAGUCGUCUCUAAAGGCUUAUUUUAACGACUGGAACGGUAGAGGUUGGGCACUUUUAGCAGGACUUUUGUGUGGUUUUGGAAAUGGUCUCCAAUUCAUGGGAGGUCAAGCAGCUGGAUAUGCAGCUGCAGAUGCUGUUCAGGCGCUACCUCUCGUGAGCACAUUUUGGGGGGUAAUUUUGUUUGGAGAGUACCGAAGAUCGUCUAGAAAAACAUAUACGUUACUAGUUGGCAUGCUGUUUAUGUUUGUAGCAGCUGUUGGAAUACUUAUGGCAUCGUCAGGGCAUCGAAAACAGUUAGAACUCCAUAAAUCAUAAUGUUGAUUUAGUCGGACUCCAACGUGGACUUCGAACACCGUGCGAAAAAUUAAAAAAAAAUGUUGUUUGUACAUGUAUCAUCAUAAUUAGAAAAAUGGUUCCAUUGUAUAUGAUACGUUGCUGUUUCGUGUUGAAUAGAAGCACAAUUUAAUUAAAUUUUGCUGGAUAAUUCUCACUGUAUAUAGCACCCAUUGCAAGCAUUUGGAGACUUUCUGAUUGGAUAAUCAAUCAUAUCUUUCAACUU